CCUUGUCUAGUAGUCUUGCCUUUUAAUCCCGUAAUCACAUGGGAUUGAAUUUUAUUAUAUUAUUUUUAUAUUUUAGUAAUAUAUAUUUUAAAAAUAGAAAAUUAAUUACCAAAUAAUAAAAUGGUCGAUAAACAGCAAAAACGUGUUGAGGAAGAAAUUACAAAACUUGUCGAAGAUAUUGAUAAAAAUUUUCUUCGAAAAAUGCAGGCUGACAUGCACAGAUGUGCAGCAACAUGUUAUGACAAUGAUAGCUACAGUGUUCAUAGAGCUGCAAAUUGUGUGGAAAAUUGUACAUCUUCAUUAAAUAAAGCUCAACAUUUUAUUUCAGGGGAAAUCGAAAGAGUGCAGAAUCGAUUGCAACGGUGCGUGAUGGAUUGUAAUGAUAAAAUACGCGAUAAAAUGGGUCCAUCGCCAUCGCAAAGUGUCGCCGAUAGAUAUAGCAAUGAAUUUGAAAAUUGUGCAACAUCGUGUGUAGAUACAUAUUGUGAAAUGAUGCCAUCUGUUGAAAAAACAAUCAGAAAAGCCCUCUCGAGUGGUGAAUUUAAUAAUUUACCAUCAUAAAUUGUUUUUAUAGUUUAAAAGAAAAAAACUUUGUAAAUAGAAUUUGAAACUAUUACCGUUUUUUUUGUUACGAAAAAACAAAAAUGUUGACAUAAUGUGACAUUUUUUUAAGCAAAAUGUUAUACGUUUCUGUAAUAAAAGAAAUAUACCAAAUUU